GGCUCACCACGCGGCAUUCUCGUGCGCGAGUGGCGAACUCCUGUGUCUUGCAGACACGAUCCGCUUCGCUCCCGUUACCGAACGCGUUGGCCUUCUUUUUGGCACCUGCAAAAAUUGGAGAAUCGCCCGUCCGACGCGAAUUUGUGUGUAACUGCAGCAAGUCGAUCAGACGAUGCCAGGCCAAAUAGAAAAACUUGUCACCAAGAGGGCCACCUUCGGUAUGGGCUGCUUCUGGGCGUGUGAUGCGCUCUUCGGGGCGACGCCAGGCGUCCUGAGAACCAGGGUUGGAUACGCCGGUGGGACGUUGGACUCUCCUACCUAUAGGAACCUUGGCGACCACACCGAGGUUAUCGACAUCGAUUACAAUCCUGAGGUGAUCGGUUACCAGGAACUGCUCAAUUUAUUUUGGAACAACCACGAGUACGGAUUGACGACGAGAAUAAAGCGUCAGUAUAUGUCUCUUGUCUUAUGGCACGACGAGGAGGACCGAUUAACAGCGGAACAGUCCAGAGAGAAAGAGCAGCGUAAACGCGGGGAACCACUGAUUACGGAAAUAAAGAGAUUCGAGCGAUUUUACCCAGCAGAAAAAUACCAUCAAAAGUACCGGCUCCAGGCCCAUCCCUGGCUCGUGGAAAAAUUACGGCUGAAAACAAGCGAGGAACUCUUGGGAUCAACACUGGCGGCAAAGCUGAACGGUUAUCUGGCCGGUGCGGCAAGCGUCGGUCAAUUCGAACAGGAACUUCCAUCUUUGGGUCUGAAUGAAGAAACAACCGAGUACGUGCGAAAAUACGUCGUCGAGAAUCAGGGCAACGGGUUGUAUUGUUAGGAUAUUUAUACGGUCGGCGAAUUAGAAGUGGGGGGAAAAAAAAAACAACAAAUUGUAACACUAAGUUUAACGGCAACGAAAUCAUAAUUCCAUUAGUAAUAAGUAGUACAAGUAAAAGAGCUUGAGAAUCCCAUUCGUUGUAUGGAUAGAAAAUUGCAGAAGUACUAUCAGGAAAAAUGGAACAUCUAACGAUAUUGUCGCUGAAACUUUGACGGAGAAAGUUAGACAAAUUUGUGUGAUCAAAAAAUUCUCCCGGAUUUCUCUGACGAAUGACUUGCAAAAAUUUUUUGUGUCAUGCGGGUGUUUCACUGUUGCGAGAAAGUAGAUUGCCCAUUUCAAUGGCUUUUUAACGUUGACAGAUGAAUCUGAUAGUUUGUUGCUCCAUAGUUUAUUUUUCAUAUAUAUGAUAUAUUUAUAUAUAUAUUCGUAUACUGCGAACUGUCGAUUAAUUCUGCAAAAAUCGAUGUUUACAAACCAGUAUUUACAUGCCUUUUUUGUCCCAUUGCUUUAUAAUUAUUUUUGUGAUAGGAUGUUUCCAGAUUAACGGAAAGUUAGUCGUGGACUGAAGAAUUAUUUUAAGGUUGAUGAGAUGACAGAGUUUUGAUUAAAACCAGCCGGUAAUAAUGAACUUCUUAUUCUGAGUUAAACUUCCAUGAUGUUCGGUUUAUAGAAUUGUGCUGUUUCCGUAAAUACAUUAUAUAUAAAAAUAUUUUUAUAAGUGAUCCGUAUGCAAUUUAACGCUAAUAACAAUUAUUUAUAUUAAAUCUAUAAUCUACAAUCAGAGUAAUAAAAUAAUUACACUCA